AUGAAGAGAAGUUCUCCACAAGCAGUUGGUGAAGUUAGCAACACUCAACACUUGGAAUCAAAGCUCUUGGAUUUGACUAAUGUGCUAAGUCAAAUGGUGGUGGGAAGUGGUCAAAAAUUGACGUCAAACCCAAUUUCAGCAAUAAACCAAGAACACCUUCUCCAACAUUCAAGCACAAAUUGGAGACUUGGCCACCGCUCUCAACAAGAUGGAACAAAGGGUGGGAAAACACUUGGAGAAAGUAACCCUAAGAGAGUCUCAAGAGAAGACGAAGAUGAAGUUAUUAUAGUGGAACCUUCGAAAGUUGUAACUCCUCCAAAGGAACCGGUUGUGCCAAACGUUGAUCAACCCGACUCUUCCAACAAGAAUGUCAAGCCAUUGGUUAUACCACCACCAUUCCCAUCCCGUUUGGCUUCAUCGAAGAAAAAGGAGGAUGAAAAGGAAUUUCUUGAAACCUUCCGUAAAGUCCAAAUCAACAUUCCCUUAUUGGAUGCAAUCAAGCAAAUACCACGCUAUACCAAAUUCCUUAAGGAUUUAUGCACCAAUAAGAGGACAUUUAAGGCGAAUGAAAAGAUUCAAGUCAAUGCAAAUGUGUCCACGGUUAUCCAAAAGAAGUUACCACCCAAAUGCAAGGACCCGGGAAGGUUCGCUAUUCCAUGCACAAUUGGUGAUUUACAUGUUGAAAGUGCAAUGCUAGAUCUUGGAGCUUCAAUAAAUGUGAUGCCCUUCUCGGUUUUUCAAUCUCUCAAUGUUGGUCCUUUGGAAGAAACCGGAGUGAUAAUUCAAUUAGCGGACAAGUCAAGUGUAUUUCCAAGAGGCGUGUUAGAAGAUGUACUAGUGCAAGUCAAUCAACUAGUAUUUCCCGCGGACUUCUAUGUCAUUGACCUUGAAGAGAAGACUCCAUCCAAGUCAUCUAUGAUUCUCCUUGGAAGACCCUUCAUGAAUACCGCUCACACGAUUAUUGAUGUUCAUAAUGGGAAGAUCACCAUGGAGUUCGAUGGCGAGACCAUUCACUUCAACAUCUUUGAAGCCAUGAGGUAUCCUAGCAAUAUUUCUCCAUUAUAUCGGGUCGAUGUGAUUGAACCAAUCACCCAAUAA